AAUGAUGUAGAGAGAGACCACUGUCCUUCCGGCUCCGGCUGUACGGGAGCGCGCAGCGCAGACAUGAGGCUGCUCACCCACAACUUGCUGAGCUCGCACGUGCGAGGGGUGGGGCCCCGUGGCUUCCCCCUGCGUCUCCAGGCCACGGAAGUCCGUAUCAACCCUGUGGAGUUCAACCCAGACUUCAUAGUGCGUAUGAUACCGAAAGUGGAGUGGGCGGCGCUUCUGGAGGCUGCGGACAAUCUGCAUCUCAUCGAGGUGCCUAAAGAGCCGAUUCAGGGAUAUGAGCAUAACGAGGAAUUUCUGAGAAAGAUGCACCACGUGCUGCUGGAGGUGGAGGUCUUGGAGGGCACCCUGCAAUGCCCAGAGUCGGGACGUGUGUUCCCCAUCAGCCGUGGGAUCCCCAAUAUGCUGCUGAGUGAUGAGGAAACUGAGACUUAAACUGUGCCAGGCGCCGGUUUUUCCCUCUGGUUAUGUGAAUCUUUGUUUACACGUUAUCUUGUUUGUUAGUCCUAUCCUAUGUGUCCCUAACCCUUGACCCAGUGACACGCCACACACAGUGUUUCUGAGCUCGAUAGUAUAUAUAUUUUUUUCUCAUUAAAGGUUCAAAACCAAAAGCG